CACAACUCCCCUUCUCCUUCUCUUUCUCUCUCUCUCUCUCUGUUCAGAGUCUCUCGGAGCUUUUAACAAACGUAUCAAUGGCUAUUGAAGCUCGGCACAUGAACAUUUUCUCUCCUCAGUUAAUAUCAAACAGUGAUUGUGUUAAAUUCGAACAAAACAUGAAUCACGGCGAGUUUAAUCUCGCCGCCGGCGAAGUUCCGUUGAUAACCGGAGAAUCUCUCGCCGUCGAUCCAUUAGCUAUUGCGGCUGCAAAAGCUAGCUUCAACAAAUCAGAAAGCGGUCUCACUUACAAUUUCAACUCCUCCAACGUUCUUCCUCCGUCUACGAAACGCCCACGUGGAUCUCAAUUCCUUGACUCAGACGCUCAAUUCGCGGCUGCGGUUAAAAGGAGGUCCGUCGCGUUUGGUUCAUCACAACCAUCGUUGAUAAACGCACAACUCGUGUCUCAGAUCCAAAACCAGCAACAAUCCGAGAUCGACCGGUUCGUGGCUCAGCAAACGGAGAAGCUUAGAAUAGAGGUUGAAGCUCGUCAGAGAACGCAAACGCGGAUGCUAGCGUCAGCGGUUCAAAACGCGAUCGCCAAGAAGUUGAAAGAGAAAGACGACGAGAUCGUGCGGAUAAAAAACCUUAACUGGGUUUUACAAGAGCGAGUGAAGAGUCUCUACGUGGAAAAUCAAAUCUGGCGCGAUAUCGCUCAAACCAACGAAGCAAACGCUAACAAUCUCCGAACAAAUCUUGACCAAGUUCUUGCACAGAUCGAAACGUUUCCAACCGCUGUAGAAGACGAUGCUGAAUCGAGCAGCGGAAGUUGCUGCGUUGGUGGUGACGCUGUUACGGCGGUUAGUGGCGGUUGCAAGAGGUGCGGUGAGAGAGAAGCGAGUGUGUUGGUGUUACCUUGUCGUCAUUUGUGUUUGUGUACGGUUUGUGGUUCGGCUUUGUUACGGACUUGUCCGGUUUGCGAUUCGGUCAUGAACGCUAGUGUACAUGUUAACAUGUCUUCUUGACCAAUUUUUUUUUUUUUCUUUUUUUUGGGACAAUUAAAUUUAUAUUUUGUUUCUUUAGAAAAUUUUAGUUUGAGGAUUAUAAUCCGAAAGAAAUAGGGCUUUCUUUUAACCAAUCCAUUAUUUUAAUUUUUGUACGUACAGUUUUUUUUUUCAUCUUUCUCUCCUACUAAGCAGUGUUUGGCUAA